AUGAUACCAGAGCAAUCAUAUCUUGGCUGGAAAGUUGCUAUGACUGUGCUACAGCUCGCGGCGGUUGGAUCCACGGCUUUCAGGCUCUACUACAGACGUAAGACACGCCGCUUAUGGUGGGAUGACUACACCGCUAUCGUACCUUUGGUGGCCGAGUUCAUCUACAUUCCCGUUCUGUGGAUGAGGAUCGUCCAUUCGGGUGAUUAUGAAUUUCGACGAUACUCUUAUUGCCAGGUAUCUUACCUGGUAAACACAGUGCCCGGUUCAGACACAAAGAGGAAGGUUAUCCUGUACUAUUUUUGGGUGGUCUCGUCUAAGCCUAGGAUUUUCAAUAGCCAGAAUAUUCCCGCCGGCACUGAAGCCUCGAAAAUACGCCUUUAUGAUAAUAUUCGGCAUAUGAUUGCGCUUGUAACCGCAGAGGUGUCCUUGUGCGCCACGAAUACUUCAUGGCAUAACACCCCGACAGAGCUCCUUGAUUGCCGAGAUAAUUAUCCGAUUGGAAUCGCGCUCGCUACCAAAGCUGGUCUUUCCAUUAUCGUCAGUAACACCCUUGUCAUUGUGUCUUGGAUCUAUCGAAGAAUUCGAAAGGCCGACGAAAUCGAUGUCUCAACUCAAGCCGGAUACUUUGCCGUCCAGAAGGACAUCCCGCAAUCCUGGGACUACUUACAUCCUGGUGUAUUAACACCUUCCACAUCGGUGGUCUCAUCAACAAUUGGCCUCCGAAGAGUCAGGAGGACUCUGGUAAAAGUCCUCACAAAGUCCUCUUUAGCGCAUUACUGUACUAAUCCAAUCAAUUCGUCGGUCACGCGUCACAGGGGGUCCGAAAUCGACGAAAUUCUAAGGGGUCACAGGUCACAGGGGCCAGCGACGAAACCACCAGAGGGCUACUCCAACAUUUCGACGAAAUUUUCAGGCAGUCACACCUUCCCCGGUGACGCGACGAAACCAAAAUUUCGUCGCGUCGGUCACAGGUCACAGGGUGCGACGAAUUGA